AUGGUCGAUGCGAAUAUCUAUAAAAAAGAGCUUGCUCGACUGGAAGAGAAUCUCAACAACAAUGUGGAGGUAGAGAAAACAUUUCGCGAGAUUCUCGCAAUGAAACCAUGCCACGAAUGGCUCAAAAAGUAUCAUAUCAAGGAACUAUCAUCAAGAUAUCUGUUGGAUAGGAACGUUGGAACGUUGGCAAGAGAGGUUAAAGACAUGGUGAAGGAACAACGAAAGUUAAAAAAAGAGAAGAAGAGAGAAGCGAAACGUGCAGAAGCUGAAGCGGCGUCGAGACAUAGCCCAUCACCUCUACAUCGCAGUCCAUCACCGUUGAUUAAAAAGCACAACGAGCCAUUGGUAGAGCAGAAGCGGAAGAGAUCUCAAGAUGCAGAAGAUGUUAUUCCCAAAAAAAAAGGAGCUGAAAAGAAGUCGAACUUUGCUCCAAAACUGAAAAGCAGUUUGGAAAUGCGAAUGGAAGAAGUUGACAUUUUUGCCGAGCACGAUGCGCUCAAGAAGAAAUAUGAAUUGGAGCAAGAAGCAAAAAAGCAGCGCAGAAGAGACGAACGUGCUGCGAGACUGAAUGCUUCGACUUACGAGUCGCUUGGAUAUGACAAUUCGUUGCCAUCGUCAUCGACUGCCACUCAUAUUGUCAAACUUACUCAAACUCCGAAGGGCUUGAAGCCGAAGAUUGCGACAUUCAACGAUGAGGAUAUGUUCAAGCCAAGAAAGGAUGUGCGGAAAGUCUUUGCUGGCCGCAAGAAGAAUACAAACGUUGAAGUGCUAUCGCUGUUGAAGUUGUCACAGAAUAUCUUAAUUAAUCAUCCAAAUCAAUUGAUGAAACCAAUUAGGAAGACCCCGUUUGAGGUUCUUGAGCCGGCACUCAAGAGAGCAUCUCACGAGGAGCUGAAGUUAUUUGUUCGGAUUAAUCAUAAAUACGAGGAAAACGUUGAAGAGCUUUUCAAAUCGGAGGUUGCACGCGAAUUUCCGACUAAAACAGUUCUUCCAAAAUCGUUCAAAUCAUGGGCAACGUUCUAUGAUCAUCUCGUCGUCGACAAAGCGAAAUCAGAACAGCAUCGUCUUGAGAGACUAACUGAAAAAAUCAGCGACAAAGCUAAGCAAAUGGACACCGGCAGACGCACGCAAUUGAUUGCCGAGGCCCACACACCGCGUAACGUUCGUCAACGUCAAGCAAGGUAUGGUUUGGCUCACUCGAUGGCUCCGACUCCAUCAGCUUCAGAGCUUUCACAAGCUCGCAAGGCUGUCGGAAAUGGUGAUCGAUCGAAGCUAGCUGCAAUGCCCUCAGCAGUUGUAAAUAAAAACUCGCGUGUCGGAGCUCGAAGCGGCCGAGCUCAACCAAAACCAAGUACAGAUCCUGAACAGGGAUAUUUGAUGAAGCGAGCUCUUAAAUGGAUGAAACUGAUGAGACAUAAGUAA